AUGUUGUAUCAAAAACAUUUUGCAUUAAAUUUUGGGGCAGUUACGAUUUACUAUCGAGAGAAUUUUUGUAUCAAGGGGAUGUUGUUAUGUCAAGAGCGGCGCUUCGGUCCGUGUUCCGAGAUCCGUUUAAGGUCCGUUUCCUGUUCCGGAACAAGGUCCUUUUCCUGUUCCGGAACAGAUUUAUCGUUUGCGGAACGGUCCGUUUUUGUUCCGGAACAAGUUCAUGGUCCCCUUAAGGUCCGUUUCCUGUUCCGGGACAGGAAAAAGGUUCCGGACCGAAGCCCUGACUCAAGAGUUGACUGUAUCUAUAAUUGCCUCGUAAUGAAACCUCAAAUUCAAAAAAUAUUUAAACCGUUAAACACUUACAACCAAACAUUCCUACCUCAUAAUACAAUGACAAGCAUAAGAAGUUUGAAUCAACAACAAAAAUUUAAUCGAAACCAUUAG